GUAGGGGGGAGGGGCUGGGCCAGGUCGUGGGCGGCCCCUUUGAAGGAGGGAGCUGGAGCAGGGGAACAGCCACCCAACCUCCCCCCCAACAGCCUGGCCCUCCCCUUGCCCCUCCCAACCUGCUGCCCCCAGGGGCCAGGAGGAGUUGCCGGCAAGGCCCCUCAGCGUUCAGGAGAAGAUGGGGAGCCCUGAGGAUGACCUGAUUGGAAUCCCAUUUCCGGACCACAGCAGCGAGCUCCUGAGCUGCCUGAAUGAGCAGCGUCAGCUGGGCCACCUGUGUGACCUCACCAUCCGGACGCAGGGCCUUGAGUACCGCACCCACAGGGCUGUGCUGGCCGCCUGCAGCCACUACUUCAAGAAGCUCUUCACUGAGGGCGGUGGCGGGGCCGUCACGGGGGCCGGGGGCGGUGGGACAGCGGCUGGGGGAGCAGGGGCUGGCGUGUGUGAGCUGGACUUUGUAGGACCAGAGGCACUGGGUGCCCUGCUCGAAUUUGCCUAUACGGCCACACUGACCACCAGCAGCGCCAACAUGCCGGCUGUGCUCCAGGCCGCCCGGCUGCUGGAGAUCCCCUGCGUCAUCGCCGCCUGCAUGGAGAUUCUGCAAGUUAGUGGCCUGGAAGCCCCCAGCCCAGACGAGGAUGACUGUGAGCGAGCCCGACAGUACCUGGAGGCUUUUGCCACCACCACGACCUCAGGCGUUCCCAAUGGUGAGGACAGUCCUCCACAGGGGCCACUCCUGCCACCGCCACCGCCACCACCUCGGCCUGCUGCCCGCCGCAGCCGCAAGCCCCGAAAAGCUUUCCUGCAAACCCAGGGGGCCCGAGCAAACCACCUAGUACCUGAGGCGCCCACAGUGCCCACCCAUCCCUUGACCUACGAAGAGGAAGAGGCGCCGGGUAGAGGGGGCAGCAGUGGAGGCAGUGGGCUGGCGGACAGCUACAGCCCUCCCACAGGAGUCGCCUCACCUACUGAGGGUCCCCUAAGCUACGACACCUAUGAGGGUGAAGAGGAGGAGGAGGAGCUGGUAUAUCCCCCAGUCUACGGGCCAGCGCAGAGCGGCGGGCCCCCUCUCUCCCCAGAGGAGCUGGGCUCGGAUGAAGAUGCCAUCGAUCCUGACCUGAUGGUCUACCUAAGCUCCCUGCACCAGGACGCCCUGGCACCAGGCCUGGAUGGCCAAGAUAAGCUGGUUCGAAAACGCCGCUCCCAGAUGCCCCAGGAAUGCCCAGUCUGCCACAAGAUAAUCCACGGGGCAGGCAAGCUACCACGACACAUGAGGACCCAUACUGGCGAGAAGCCCUUCGCCUGUGAGGUCUGCGGUGUCCGCUUCACCAGGAACGACAAGCUGAAGAUCCACAUGCGGAAGCACACGGGAGAGCGGCCCUACUCGUGCCCGCACUGCCCAGCCCGCUUCCUGCACAGCUACGACCUCAAGAACCACAUGCACCUGCACACGGGGGACCGGCCCUAUGAGUGCCACCUGUGCCACAAGGCUUUCGCCAAGGAGGACCACCUGCAGCGCCACCUCAAGGGCCAGAACUGCCUGGAGGUGCGCACCCGGAGGCGCCGCAAGGAUGACGCACCACCACACUAUCCACCACCUUCCACCGCCAGCCCAUCCCCUGCUGGCCUCGACCUCUCCAAUGGCCACCUGGACACCUUCCGCCUCUCUUUGGCUCGAUUCUGGGAGCAGUCGGCCCCCACCGGGCCCCCAGUCUCCACCCCAGGGCCUCCUGAUGACGAGGAGGAGGAGGGGGCACCCACCACGCCCCAGGCUGAAGGUGCCAUGGAGUCCUCUUAAAGAGGAAUGAGUGGCCAGGCUGGAGCAGCACAAGGGCGGGGAUCCCCAUGCCAAGCAGUGGGAGCAGGCAGGACAGGCGCAGCUGGGGUCAGGGGCACGGAGCCUUGCUGGCGGCAGAAUCGGCCCCUCCCCCUCGGUUCCCUCAUUCCAGUUCCAAGCUGAGAAGGUUUGGGGGCAGAGGCUCCCCAGAUUGGGGUGAUCCCCCAAGAAGUGAUACAUAUGAUAUUAUGUGUAUAUUUACAGCUCUAUUGUAAAGGUGGGGUCCCUGUCCCCAGCUGCUCCUGGGGAGUAGAAGCAAUAAUGUAUUUGAUUUGUGGGGUCCCACUUCGGCUAUGCGGGUUUCUAGGGGGCGGGGGCUUGGGACCAAAGCCUUGCCCCCCUCCCAUGCCCCUUUGGGGGUUUUGGCUGUGUAAGGGGGUGAAGGACUGCCCCUCCCUUCUGAGACCCCUCCUUCCUGGUUUCUGUUCCCUUUUCCUGGCAGUGAAUUAUGCAAAGGGGGUUGGCAAAGGAAGGGUAGGUGGGGGAAAGCAAGGUGGGAACUUGAAAGAUUGGGGGGACUGGGCCUGUAAGGAAGGAGCCAUCCCGGUCCCCCUCCGCCCUGCUGCGGCGCUGAGUCAUGGGGUCCUGGAGAAGAAGGGGCGGGUGCCUGAUUGGCUCGCCCGCCCCUGGGGGCAGCGGGCGGGCCCCGCCCAGCUCGGGAGCGCAGCUCCCUCCCCGGCCUCCCUCCCCUCCCGCGUCCCCGGGCAGGGAAUGUCUUGUUCCCGCCGCUCCCUCCCUGGGGCCAGAGGGCAGGGCGGGCCGGGCGGCGUCGUACCCUCUCCUUCCCACCUCCUCCCCGCCCAGGUGCGAGCCGGAGCCGCCACCGCUGCCGCCCCUGACUCACGCCGCCCCCGGGCUGGCGGGACGCAGGGUGUGGGACCCGGUGAGGGGCUGGGGGAGCCGCGGCGGCGGUGGCGCCACCUGGCGGCUGUGCCCUGCGCGGGCCGCGGCCCUGGCUCCGUGGCGCCCCCUUGCCAAGGCGCCGCGCUCGCAGCUCGUCGGGGCCGCUGGGAAGGUGGGCUGCGGUGCUGUGGGAAGGGCAUCCCUUUCCCAGACCCUUGCCAGCCGGGCUUCCCAGCGGGCAGAGAAUGACCCCACUCCUCUAGGAUUGAGCCCACCCACCGCCCCUGUACAUAGCCUCGUCUGUUGGUCUCGUGGAAAUCUAGUUUCAGAUUUUUAACUACCCAAUUCCGCUGGGGCGGGGCACCUACCCCGACCCUUUCCUCGCUGGGUGCUGGACCCCCUUGCGGCCUGGGCUCUGCCUUGCACUAUUUCCCCUCCCUGGCCUGGCGGCCCCUCCCCCUCCCUAAGGGGCAGGUUCAGGGGCCCGGUGCUCUCCCUCCCUCCCUCCCGUGCACCCCCAUGCCCAUUUGCACAGCUGCCCAGGUACCCCCAACAGUGGGGAGGGGUUACAGGGAGGGGUAGCGGGACCAGUCCCUGUAUCUAUUUAAAAGUGAUGAUGUAAUAUAUUGGGGUGGGAGGGGAGGUCGGGUGCCCUGGGCCUCAUCUUAGCAUUUCAGGUGAUGGGGGGAGCCCAGGGCUGGGGAGACCUGGGGCCCAGCCCCAGAGAGUGGGGACAAUAUGGCCUCCCUUCUCCCUACUUGCGGCUUUCCCGGUCAGUGCCUUAGGGGGGGAGGCAUCCCCCCUCUCCUGUUCCCUUUCCCCUACCCCCCCACCUCGGGUGUAAGCGACAGGAAGAAAUAAUAAUAAUUUAAGAUUCA